AUGUCGUCCUCGAUUAUGACGCCGGUUAAGGCCACUCCCGUCAAGCAAACCACGGCACCACCAGCGGUCUCAGAUAGUCCCGGCAACUGGAAACACCCCCGCCUCGCCGAGAUCACACGGCGGCAGAGUCAGAAUGUCUUUUCGGAGAAGAACAUUAGGAAGAUGGUCUAUAAUGCCGUGGCACUAGUCGGCAUUGGACUAGUGCGGCAAGUGGUGUUGCCCUUUGUGCCAUCCUGGUUAAUCACACCCCUAUGGAGGCAGUACAGCAGCUGGAUCACUGCGACACUAAUCCUUGUGCCAUUAAUCAACAUCGUCAUGGCGCUGCUGCCAUUGUACCGGCCCCAGGACGACCUCUCCGACAUCCCCCUCACCCCCGCCCAGCGGAAGCUACUCGGGCUUCCGCCGAGCUCGAGGCCGGAAACACCAAACUCGGUCUACAGCACACCCCCGCGAUACUCGCGGACCCCAUCGCUUGCCGGGUCGCCCGCCAGCAUCAAGAGCUACGCGAGCUCGCCGCUCUCGAACUUUGCCAGCCCGAGUCCUGGGCAGUACUCGUCGCCCCGGUUUGGGACCUCGCCAUCGAAGCUGAACGCGCCGCAGUACUCGCCCUCAAAUGUCAGCCCUCUGCGGCAUAAGGCGAUAGGAGGGAGAACAACGUCAUUCGGGUCCACCAGCCCGCUCAACGCGAGCACCGCAUCGAGUGCGUUUGGCGAGGGACCUGCGACACCGACGCCGGCGACGGGGAAGCGGUCGACUGUGGGCCUGAACAAUAAGUGGCUGUAUGAAAAGGGGAGGAGAAGUUCAGGAAAUAGCUGGCUGCACGCAUAA